AAAUGCUUCACCAAACUUUAGUGCUGACCGAGUACUUAUCAAAUGAUGGAUUUGGCGUUCUCCUGGAUGCAUUUCAAAAUGUUCUUAAGGAAUAUCAUUUACAGCAUCCCGAUUUAGGCUCCAGAUUACAUAUCAUUAUCCAGAAACCAGAGACUCUCACAGUGUAUUCAAGUGAGGAUGACCGGACUGCCAGUCACCAAUUUAUACAGAUGAUUAGCACAUUGAUUGAUCAUUGUGAGGUCACGGUCAUUGUCCUUCCAAGGAAUAGAAGCUUUCUUCAUUGGCUGAAAAGCAACUACAACCAUCUCUAUAAGGAUAUCCACACCUGGUACCUUGGAGCCUCUUACAACAGCGCCCUCAAGUGGUUGAAAAGUGAAUACGGAUCUGUACUAUCCAAAUCUCAGACACACACUUUGUUAUCUACGAUUGGUACGAGUAUACAUACACUUUGGAGGACGUUGCAAGAAUAUAUCAGCGGGAAGCAGUUUACAGAUAUUAUUAAUUAUUACAAAGAAGAAGCACUACUUGAUUUUGAAGAAAAACUAAGAAAUCAGAAGCAGCCUGGUCUACUGUUUAAUCUCUUCAAAACAUUUGAUGAGUCAUCCUCAAGUUGUCCAGAAAUUGACAGAAUAACAGCAUCAAAAAUGUACAGAGCACAGUUUCUUGAUGCUUUAGAACAUGACGGUGUAGUGUACUUGCAAUCAGGGACGUCGUUGUAUGGAAGUUGCCAUGGCAAUGCUUGGAAACCAGUACAUCGUUAUAUGACGGGAUAUAGAGAAUUCAUUUCCAGAAAUAUGACUGUUCUGGCAGUGAAAGUUCACAAAGAUGAGCAUGUAUACCAUAUUAAAAUCGAUGACUUAUCUGUUGCUUCUAUUCUGAGUAAAUUGCAAGAUUACAGCGUGGACACAUCAGAUUUCUGGUACUUUGCAGUCAAUGGAAGCAGAUGGCAACAUGGUCAAAUCCAUGCCAGAAACGGCCAUGUUUUGCAGUUUCUUACAACACAGAGUGAAUUGUUUUUCACGAGUUUAGAUAGCUCCACAGUUGGAUGGAUUAAUUGGCUGGUGUCAUUAUUAGGCUAAUACUGUACAAUACUUUAUUUUCGCUUGG